ACGGAGGGCAGGUAAGCGGGGAGCAGGAGGAGAAGCCACUGUCUACCCAGUGGAGCCACGUAUGGCUGUUUCCAGUAUCUCCUGUCUAACUUCCAGGAGGCUAAUGCUGCUAAUGCUGCGGCUAAUUAGCUAACCUUCUCUGCCAAAAUGAAGACAACAAGGAACAAUUUAUCAGCUGCUGGAAUGUCCAAUAACAAGGUCAAAUACUCUCGUCUCGCCGCCGAUGAGGACGGCUACAUAGACCUACAGUUCAAGAAGAGUCCGCCGAAGGUCCCAUACAAGGCCAUCGCUCUGGCCGUAUUCCUGUUCCUCGUGGGGUCACUGCUCAUCAUCUUCGGGGCUCUGCUCCUGUCUGGAACCAUUAAAGUGGAGCAUCCUGACAGAACCAUUCCUGUCAUCAUCAUAGGCCUGCUUGUCUUCCUGCCUGGAUUCUACCAUUUGAGAAUCGCCUACUACGCAGCCAAGGGAUACCGGGGCUACUCCUACGACGACAUCCCAGAUUUUGGUGACUGAGUUCUGAGACAGCUGCGGAUCGUCUUCUGCUGCCAGACGGUGUAUCCUGAGACCGUCGGCUGCUGUUUACUUUCCGAACGCAUGUAGCAAAACACAAAGAAAAAAAAAUCUCUGUUCUCCAACAGAGGCCUCUGUUUGGCCAGCUGGAUGUUGUUGCUGAUUUCUUUUAUUUUAUUUUUGUGCUUCCUGCUGUAUUACCCUCCAGAAGCUUGACUUUACAUAUUUUAUAUUUGCAAUUUUAUACCAAUGAGACACUGAGUAGAGAAUGUCAGGCCCAGCUAUUUGCCUGCAACAACACUGCAAUAUUUUGCUGCCAUACUUGACAACACACAUUUAAAAGUACAAUAUUGAACACAUUCUAAGCAAACCAGCAAACCUCAGUUCAUCCUGUACAGUAAUACUGUCCACAGUUCCCCAGGAGAAGCAGCACAUGCUACAAACACUGCUUGAUAGAACGGUAACCAAGAGGCUGAACGUCUCCGCAGCUGCUAACUUCUAAUAAAUCACACCAGCAAAACUCUUGGAGCAGAACUGUCGCUACAGUCACACUCCUUACUUAUGGGGUUGCAGUGAAGUUAGAGAUCCACCAGCGUCUGCAUUCUCCAUGUUGCAAUACCAGUUUCCCCCACAAGGUGGUGGGAUGAGUCAUUCAAGCACAUAUAAAACAGCAGAUGUAGACAGAACAGUAAACAUGACAAUCACUGCAAAAAGAUAAAAUAAACUCCACUGUCUGCAUACGGUGUGUUACAGUGGCUCUUGUAGUCACCCUGUCCGUGUCAAAAUUUAAUAUAUUGUACGCUUUAUUAAAAAAAAAAAAAAAAAAAACGGCCAUGAAUGAGUGGUGCAUAUUUA